ACAGAUUUUUUUCUACAGCAAAAAUUUUAAAGCUACAGUCAUUACCAAUCGGACCUUGAACAAAAAAAAUCUGUCUAAAUAACGAAACCAAAUCCGAUUUAAAAAAGUGACACCGAAUCUAAACAAAAAUUGCUUAAAUAUCAGAAUAUGUUCAAAUUUUUAGUAUCUAAAAAAUAAGAAUCGAGUCCGACCCGAACCAAUAUAUUUCGGCUAUAAAUUCAGGCACACCACACACGCUGUAAGGAGAAUCAGGUCAAAGUUUCACUCAAAUUAUCUUGUCUGAUUGGUUGUCACUGUUAUACAACAAAUUCACUCUUUUAAAAUAAUUAUUUUAAUGAAAAUGAAUAGUAUCUCUUAGAACACAUUUGAUAUUUAAGCACAUUAGCUUAUGAGAUUUUUUGAAUAGAUGACCCUAAUGUCGUGUAUAGAGUAAUAAUAAACAAACAAAAAUAUUACUUUAUUUAUGGAAUAGACCUGCUUUUUACUUCAUUAUAGAGUAAAAAUAAAUUGGAAUUGGAAUAAAUUUAACUUUAAACUUCAUUGUGGGAUAAAAAAUAAAGUAUGAUUGUAAUUUUUCUUAGAUUCUCUCGGGAUAACAUAUAUAGUGCCUUUUUCGUAAUAUUUUGCAUGCAGCUUCUAAUCUAUUUCCAAACUUUUUGUUCAGUAUCAUUGGAGAACAAGCUUGCACCAUUUAUUUAUUAUUUUUAUUAUCUUGACAUUCAUAUUUCAUACUAUGAGUUUGGAAAUAUUUGGAAUAUGUGUAAUUUCUAAGAAAGUAUGCUAUGAGUUUCGUGUUUAGUUUCGGUAUAGGCUAACAUUGUUUGGCUUUACUCUUCUCAGGUGUGGGUCGCGUAGUCAAAAUUUUCCUCUUAAUUAAUAGUUGUCUGCAUAAUAGUACAUUAAUACAGCUUUAAACUAUAAAUAUAAAUAUUGCAUACAAUUGAUUUUUAUUAAAAAUUUACAUAAUCUCUGUUUUAUAAGGUUUACAAAGUAAAAUUUUGAUAUUUUAAAAUGUUAUUAAUUGUCUAUUUUAGAACAGUAAGUAAAUAAUUAUAUAAUUAUAUUUUCGAAUUUAAGUUUGAUUUCUUUUAAAAUAUAAUAUCUCAUUUGAAUGGGGAUAUAAUUAUCUUACUAUAUUUAAAAUGGUAGUUUUGAAAAAGAAAAUAAGAUGUAUUUCAAAUUUAAAAUCAUAAAUAGGCUAAUUUCCUAAUCAUCCCUAAGACCUUUUGUUACGGGUGUCUUUUUACGAUAUUAUACAUUUUUUUUGUUCUUUUCGUCUGCCCUAGAGAAAACUUGUAGCCCAAGUUUUAUUCUUAAUGAAAGCAAUUAGAGAAACACUCCAAUCUUGUUGAUUGGGAUAUAGGCAUAUAAUAGAGCGGUGAGAUAAGUACACAAAUUGAAAAUGUGGUGUGCGCGCGUGGACUUAAGCUGAAUAAAGAGAAUCUCCUAGAUUUACUUAAACUAGAGAUAAUCUUGUGAGAUUCGAUUCACUUUUGGUUAUGUUCAAACUUAUAUUAUUAUUACCGCUUAACAAUGCGAAGAUAACUACGGAUUCACAAAGAAAAAGGAAAUUUGCAUUUUAGGUGGUCCGUGUAGGAAUAGGUCAAUGAAAUAGCUAUAUAAACUGAGUCCCUUUCUCAUCCUAGCUCCUUUCUCAUUAACAUCUUCUCCUUAUUUGUUGUUUAUUAUAUUUCUCCAGAGAGAUUUUGAUUCAUCGCCAAGAAAAAAUAAAAAAAGAAACUCUGCUUAUCGAGGAGAAAGAUGGCGACCAAUGAUGAUGAUGCUAACAGACGCUACGAGUGUUCUUCGGACGAGGGAGAGAAGAGAUGCUUUGAUCUUUUUGCGGCGUUGCUUCUCGCUUGCGGUGACGAAGAAACAAGAGCGAAACGAGGACAAGACGAGCAAGAGAGAAACAUGCUCAUGAUUGACACUAUUACUAAUGCUGCCACCAACACUUUCUUCGAGUUUGAUGAUGAGUCCAAGAAUCAACAACACAUUGCUUCUUCGAGUUUGGAAGAGUCAAAGAGGCGUCGUGUGGUGGAGUCUAACGACGUACCCAUCAGAGCAGAACCUAUUAGAGAAAUCAAACCUCCGGUUAAGGAAAGAAAGAGACGGGUUAAAAGAAAGGCGCUGGUUAGAAAGGAACCGGUCAGAAGAGAACCGGUGGUGACCCCGGGAUGGGUGGAUGACCUAAUGAAGAGAUUCAAAGGUCGUGAGGGGGAUGCGAGGAUGAUAUUUGAAAAGGCGAUGACGAAGACUGACCUCGCACCAAACCAAGGACGUCUCUUGAUGCCAUUUAACCAAAUGGCUGAUAUGCACUUUUUGACCGAGGCAGAGUGGAAGAUCCUAGAGGAGCAUCACAAACACAAGGGAGAUGUUAAAAAAGGAGUUAACGUUGAUGAGAAAAUGAAAGGAGUUGAUGUCAUCUUGUUGCGUCGUAACGGUAAUAACAAGGGAUGGGAGCUUAACCUGAGGAUAUGGGAGAUGAGUUCUAAUUUCAACUACGCCUUGUGUACUGGUUGGAACCAGGUCGUCCGCGAUAACAAGCUAAAGACGAACCAGACUAUUACCCUCUGGUCCUUCCACUCCCGUGAUGGCACUCUCUACUUUGCUUUCGAUCUUCCCACUCAAGAUGAAGGUAUGGCUCUAGCUCUGGUUCCAGCUUCAUCUUCAUCCAUGGUGCCCUUUGAAAUCUCUGAGGAGGAUCCGUUUGCGUGUGAAGAGGCAAACAGGAGACUUUAUCAAUUUGUAAGGGAAAGGAGAACUCCUCGAGUUUGUGUUCAAAUCAUAACAAAUGAUUCUUCUGGCAACCUCAACCUACUCGAGGGUAGUUUGGAUCUAAACAGAACACCACCUGAAGAGUGCACUGAGAUGGAUUCUGAUCUCGAGGCUGUACAAGAGACGACCUCACAGGAAUCCCUCACUGAGCCCUCACUAGUAUCCUGGAGUUUCCUGGAGGAGGGGAAACAGCUCUGCUCUAUGUGACUUAAUUAAUCUUUGUAUUAUUCUAAACCCUAGCUCUCUAUUGGCCACGUCAUGCAAGUAGUU